AUGGAUGCCGACCGCUACCCCCUCGACUUGGACCAGAACUACUCCUACGAGUACUCUGCAAAUGAGACCAGCAAUGCCUGCGAGUUGGGAGACUACCUGGUGUUCUACAGCCACCUCGCCACGGUGCUCUACACGCUGGCCUUCCUGCUCAGCCUGCUGGGCAACACGCUGGUGCUGUGGAUCCUGCUCAGGUACGAGAGCCUCACCUCUUUAACCAACGUCUUCCUCCUGAACCUCUGUGUCUCUGACCUGGUCUUCUCCUGCAUGCUGCCCUUCCUGGCAGUGGACCAGUCCUUUGGAUGGGUGUUCGGCGAGUUCCUCUGCAAGGCAGUGAAUGCUCUUUUCUCCAUCGGCUACUACAGUGGCGUCUUCUUCCUGACGUUCAUGACCAUCCUGCGCUACUUGUCGGUGGUGAACCCUCUCUCCACUUUGAGAUCCCAGACGCGGUGCCGUGCCCUUCUGCUCAGCUUGGCUGUUUGGACUGGUAGCAUCUUAAUCGUGGUGCCCGAGGUGAUUCAAACCACGGUGCAAGAGAGCUUGGAAGGGUCUAACACCUGUGAUUAUGCUGAGUGGAAAUGGAAGAAGGUGGACAGUUACCAGAGGAACGUUCUCUUCCUGCUCUCCUUUGGGGUCAUUGUCUUCUGCUACAUCAAGAUCCUGCUCAUCCUGCUCAAAGCCAGGUCUCGCAGAAAGCACAGAACUGUGAAGCUCAUCCUCAUUAUUGUGGUGGCUUUUUUCCUGAGCUGGGCACCCUACAACAUCCUCAGCUUUCUGAUUACCUUCCCAGCCCCUAACUGCCAGUAUCAGAAAGACUCCAGCCUCGCCUUUGACAUCAGCCGCAAGAUUGCUUUCUCACACUGCUGCCUCAACCCUGUGCUCUACAUGUUCGUGGGGGUCAAGUUCAAGAGGCAUUUGCUGCGCUUACGCAGUCAGUGUUUGCCCUGUGGCCAUGGCCAAGUCUCCAGCCCCAGGGUCUCCUCUCAAGGUAAAUUCCACCACGAAGCUGCAUCCAUCUACUGA